AUGGCGAAGAGAACUUCAGACGCAGCGGGAUCAGAGUCCAAUGGGAAGGUUCAGGAUAGAGGGCAGGGAAUACCCAGAGAAGGACAGAAGGUAGAUGACGAAAUGGGCGAGUUUGAGGAUCGUUGGGAGGAUGAUAUUGAAUCGGAAGAGGAUAUGCAGGAGGGGGAGAAUGAUGACUUUACCCCCGCAAUGGAAGACGAUCAACCUUCUCAACCCCGCAAACAAACCUAUUUACCAGGAACCAAGCUCGAUGCUGAUGAACAACUCACUCCCGACCUUUCCGUUUACCUCCUCCUACAUUCACUCUCUUACGCUUGGCCUUGUCUAUCUUUCGAUAUCCUCCAUGACGAUUUAGGUUCUUCUCGAACUUCAUACCCACACACCGCAUUUAUUGUUUCUGGUACACAAGCAGGUACGAUCCCUGGACAAGGUCGAGCCAAAGAUGAAGUAGUUAUCAUGCGUCUUUCUGGUUUAAGCAAAACUCAACAAUUUUCCGAUUCCGAUUCUGAAAAUGAAUCAAACGAUGAGAAUGAUAUUGAAGAAGAUUCCAAAUUAGAUUUCUUAACCAUACCUCAUAUCGGUAAUGUUAACAGAAUCCGAGCUGCUCCUACUUUACUCAAUUCAACUAUUCCUGAUCCUUAUCAUGUUGCAACUUUCAGUGAAACUGGUAAAGUUCAUAUAUUCGACGUACGACCAUAUAUCGAUACACUUUCAGGACCUUCUAAACCUCGUCAAAAAGUUCCCAUACAUACCAUCAAUAAUCAUGAUAGAUCAGAAGGUUUCGCUUUGGAAUGGGGUCAAAGUGGUUUGUUAAGUGGGGAUUGUGAUGGGAAAAUUUAUAGAACGGUGUUAACUGAAACGGGUUUUAAAACGGAACAAAAAUCUUUUUUAGGACAUGAGAAUAGUGUUGAAGAUAUUCAAUGGAGUCCAAACGAAAUGGGAGUUUUCGCUUCUUGUUCAGCUGAUAAAACUGUUAAAAUGUGGGAUGUUAGACAAAGAUCAAAACCUGCUUUGAGCGUCAUGGCACAUGAUGAAGAUGUGAAUGUUAUCAGUUGGAAUAAAGAAGUUGAUUAUCUGUUAGUUAGUGGUGGUGAUGAAGGUGGUAUAAAAGUAUGGGAUUUGAGAAUGUUUAAGCAACAACCAUCACCGGUCGCUCACUUCACUUGGCAUACCGCUCCUAUAACUUCAGUCGAAUGGGAUCCUAAUGACUCUUCCGUCUUCGCUGCAUCUGGUGCAGACGAUCAACUCACUUUAUGGGAUUUAUCCGUGGAACAAGAUGAUGAUGAAGUACCUAUAUCUUCACAAGACGGACAGAAUUUGAGUAUUCCACCACAACUUUUGUUCGUUCAUCAGGGUCAGAGGGAUGUAAAGGAAUUACAUUGGCAUCCUCAAAUACCUGGAGUGGUAAUUAGUACAGCUUCCGAUAGUUUCAAUGUUUUCAGAACUAUUUCUUCUUGA